AUGGACACCGAAAUCCAUGAUCUCGCCCAAGACGUAAUUCGCCGGCUGAGCGCGGCCGGCGAGACAGUGGCCACGGGAGAGUCGCUGACCGGGGGGAUGGUCUCGAUGGCACUGACUUCGGUGGAUGGGGCGAGCCAGGUGGUUCGGGGCAGCGUCACAGCGUACGCGCCAGACAUCAAAGUGCGCGUCCUCAAGGUCGGCAGCGACGUCAUCGAGAAAUAUACCGUGUACCACGGGACGGUGGCCAAAGCCAUGGCGCAAGGCGCGCAAAAUGCUAUGCGGUACGAGGUCGGUACCGAGCCGCCCCGCAAGACAAGCUGGGGCAUCGGCACCACUGGCGUGGCCGGCAGGAAUGCGGACUUGGGAUCACCCCCGGGCACUGUCUUUAUCGGCAUCGCUCAUCCCGACGGAAAAGCCUACGACUUCCCAUACCACUUUGAGGGACAAGGGCGCAACGAAGUGCGCCGGAAUACGACGCUUGCGGCGCUGACGAGGCUCCGCGAAGCGGUGAUUGCCAGACAUAAGGAACUGGAGGCCGGGAAGCCCAAGGAAGGAAAAAAGUGA